AUGGCACCAUCAACCACCAAGGCAUGGACCGUCCAAGGAAAGGACGGCUUCGAGUCUCUUAAGUUUAACGAGCAGGCCAAGGUACCUGAGAUUGGCGACAAAGAUGUCCUCGUCAAGAUCCAUGCCGCAUCUCUCAACUAUCGUGACCUCAUUAUCCCCAAGGGCAAAUACCCCUUCCCCAUGAAGGACAACAUUGUCCCCGGCUCAGACGGUGCUGGUACCGUAGAAGCUGUUGGCAAGCACGUUACCCGUUUCCAGCCUGGAGACAAGGUCGUCACUCUCUUCAACCAGGGCCACAUCGCCGGCUCUCUUGACGCACAAUCCCUCAGUACUGGUCUCGGUGGCGCCGUAGACGGUACUCUACGUGAGUACGGCAUCUUCGACGAGGCAGGCCUCGUCAAGGCCCCCUCCAACCUCAACAUGCUCGAAGCCUCGACCCUAUCCUGCGCAGCUCUCACAGCCUGGAACGCCCUCUAUGGCCUCGAGUCGCGCGCCCUCAAGCCCGGCGACACAGUCCUCACCCAGGGUACCGGCGGCGUCAGCAUCUUCGCCCUGCAAUUCGCAAAGGCAGCUGGCGCAAAAGUCAUUGCCACCACUAGUUCCGCCAGCAAAGCCGAUCUCCUCAAGAAGUAUGGCGCAGACCACGUCAUUAACUACAAGGAGACGCCAAACUGGGGCGAGGAAGCCGCAAAGCUCACUCCCGGUGGUGCAGGUGUCCAGCAUGUAGUCGAAGUCGGUGGCCCAACCACAAUGGCACAGUCGCUCAAGGCCGUUGCCAUUGACGGCGUCAUCACCAUUAUUGGCUUCAUUGGUGGCGGCGGAAAGGACCAGCCUACUUUCCUCGACUGCUUGAACAACAUUUGCACCGUCCGCGGUAUCCUCGUCGGCUCACGGCUGCAAAUGGAAGACAUGUGCCGCGCUAUUGAGGCCAACGACAUCCACCCUAUCGUCGACGAGAAGGUGUUUGAGCUCAAGGAUCUCAAGGAGGCGUACCAGUACAUGUGGGACCAGAAGCACUUUGGCAAGCUUGCUAUCAAGGUUGCUGCGUAG